AAUGUUUUUCUUUUUCUCUUUUCCCUUAAAAAACAACAAUUAUUUCCAAAUCAAAACAUUAAUUUCCUUUUUUCUCCUUUUACAAUUUUUAAAUUUUUCAAAUUCCCAACAACAAAAUAAUGACAAUAACAAUAAAAUAGCCGCAGUUUAUUCUUCACAAAAAAGAGAAUUAAUUUAUAAUGGGGAAGUUGAAAAUAAUAAAAGUGAAGAAAUAUUAAUUAAUAAUCAUUGUUCUAGUGGAAAACCUUGCAAAUCUGGGUUAAUUAUUCCGUAUCUCUACCAAUUCGUUUUUUCCGUGCUUUUGUCUAUUUAUUGGCCUUAUUAUACCUUUUUUAUGGAAUUUCAAUUAUUUAUGGCUGCAAUAGAAGUAAUUACAAGUCAAGAACGAGAAGUUGAAGUAACUAAAGUUACUGGAGAAAAAAUAAAAGUACUUGUAAGGGUGUGGAAUGAAACUGUUAGCAAUUUAACUUUAAUGGCUUUAGGUUCUUCUGCACCAGAAAUUCUCCUUUCAGUAAUUGAAAUUUUUGGCAAUAAUUUUGAAGCAGGUGAUUUGGGACCGAGUACUAUUGUGGGAAGUGCCGCAUUCAAUUUAUUUAUAAUUGUUGGAAUCUGCAUUUUGAUUGUCCCUUCAAAUGAAAUAAGAAGAAUUGAUCGAAUAGAUGUUUUUUGGGUAACCGUAAUUUGGUCAACAUUUGCCUACAUUUGGCUUUUUCUUAUUCUUUGCGUAUUUUCACCAAACAUUGUUGAGGUAUGGGAAGGAUUGUUAACACUUUUGUUCUUCCCUUUAACUGUUGGCAGUGCCUUUAUAGCCAAUAAACAUGCAAAAACUUUUGGACAACGUCUUUUGGGUGCGAAUGCAAUAACUUCUUUUAGACACACUCCAAGGCUUGGAAAACAGCAAAGUACCCAUGUUGGAAUUAGAGCUGCUAAUGGAAGUGAAAAGGAUGUUGAUGUUGCACUCCUUGGCCCACUCAAAAACGAUUCAAAUUCUGUAGCCUUAAUGCAACAAAGACAUUAUUUAGACGUUAUAAAAAAGCUACGAGCUGAAAAUCCAAACCUUUCUGUGCAAGAAUUGGAAAGGUUGGCAUCUAACUGGAUAUUUACUGAAGUACCCAAAAGCAGGGCUUUCUAUAGAAUUCAGGCAAUUCGUAAAAUGACCGGAAAUGGAGAUAUAAGCAUUAAAAGACUAAAGGAACGGGCAGAAGAUGAACAUCAAAAUGUUGCAAUGCCUUUAAUGCCUGAUAAGCCAAAGCAAGUUACUGUUGGAUUUGAUCCAGCAGAAUAUUGUGUUUUGGAAAAUGUAGGAACUGUUGAACUUCGCUGUGUACUCGACAGAGGGUCUUUGGCUGUUUCAACAGAAGUUACUGUUACAUAUACUACAAUUGCCGAUACUGCGGCAGAAUAUGAGGAUUUUAUCCCAACACAAGGAGUAUUAACAUUUGGACCUUCUGAAAGUGAAAAAUUCAUUGAAAUUGGGAUUGUAAAAUUAACAAAUUUGGAUGCUCAUUGUGCAGACAAUCCUGGUCAAAAAUUACCAGCCCAAUUUAAGGAAGGGGGAAGUGUAGCUACUGUAAUGAUUAUUGAUGAUGAUCAUUCUGGUGCUUUUAGUUUUACUUCACAAGUAUUUAGAGUACCUGAAAGUCAGGGGCAAUUUGCGCUUGAAGUUCGAAGGCACAGAGGUGCAAGAGGAACAGUUAUUUUACCCUUCAAAACAAUUGAAGGAAGUGCUAAGGAAGGAAAGGAUUAUACUGCACAAGAGGGCGAGCUUUUAUUUUACAAUAACCAAACAAAAGCAACAAUUUAUAUUGAAAUUACAAAUGAUGAUGAAUAUGAAAAAUCAGAAGAUUUUUAUGUUGAAUUGGGUCCUCCCCGCUUGAAAGAUUCUUCCCCACGUAGUGAAGUUGCUAAUGGACCGGAUGGACGUCCAAUACUUGGAGAACACCAUCGAUGUAAAAUAGUAAUUACUGAAGAUCGAGAAUUUAAAAAUUUUAUUGACAAAAUGAUUGCUAACGCAAAUGUUGGGAUUUUAGUAGGAACACAUAGUUGGAGACAACAAUUUAUUGAAGCAUUAACUGUUGAAGAUAUUGAUGGAGACGGUUCAAUAAGCAACAAAGAAAAAGCUUUGCACGGAGUUUCUGUUUUUUGGAAAUUACUCUUUGCAUUAAUUCCCCCGACAGAUUAUAUUAAUGGGUGGCUAACAUUUUUUGUUUCAAUUUUUGUUAUCGGAAUAUUAACUGCUUUUAUUGGGGAUAUUGCUUCUUUGUUUGGUUGUACUAUUGGAUUGAGGGAUUCUGUAACAGCAAUAACACUUGUGGCAAUGGGGACAUCACUUCCAGAUACAUUUGCUUCAAAAACAGCAGCAAUUCAAGACAAAACAGCCGAUUCUUCAAUCGGAAAUGUUACUGGAUCAAAUGCAGUCAAUGUAUUUUUAGGGAUUGGAUUAGCUUGGGCAAUAGCCGCAAUUUAUCAUUCUUUGAAUGGGGGUCAUUUUAUUGUAGAGGCAGGUUCUUUAGCUUCUUCUGUUACAAUGUUUAUACUUGGAUCUGUAGUAACAAUUGGCCUUUUGCAAUGGCGACGUUAUAAUCCGAACAUUGCCGGUGAAUUGGGAGGUCCUAGAGGAAAUAAAUUGUUCUCAUUCCUUAUUUUCCUGUCUGUUUGGCUUGUCUAUAUUGUUUAUAGUACUUUAGUUGCCUAUUGCCUCAUUUAG